AUGAGAAGCGUAAGAAAAAAAAGACUUGAUGAGUUAACUCAAUCUCAAUCAGGAGCUCUUGAUAAAUUUAUUAUAAAAGAACCACAAAUUUCUAUUGAAAAUCAAAAUGUUGAUGUUGGAAUUAUAGAAAAUAUGGAGGAAAAUGGUAAUGUUAAUGCUAAUUUAGAUACUGAAAAUGUUGAUGCUGAAAAUGUUGAUAAUGAAAAUGUUGAUGUUGAAAAUGUUGAUGCUGAAAAUGUUAAUAAUGCUAAUAAAAAUGGUGAGGAUAUAGAUAUAUUUGAUCCAACAAUAUGGGAUUCUCUUGAGUCUAGAAUGACUGAUUUAUUAUCGACAAAAGGUCUUAAAAGAGAUUUGUCUAUUGUGAAGAGUCCUAAAGAUAAAUCAUCUAGACGUUUUACGAAUAAUUUGUAUACUAGAAUUUUACCAAAUGGAGAGAAAUGCGAUAGAGAUUGGCUUGUUUAUUCAAAAAAGUUUGAUAGAUCAAUACUUUUGCUUGCUUCUGCAAUUAAAAAUGAAAUAGUUAAAAAAGUUAAACAAGCUAAGUAUUUCUCAGUGAUACUUGAUUGUACUCCUGAUGUUAGUCACCAAGAGCAAAUGUCUUUGAUAAUACGAUAUGUGGAUGUUUCUUCAAAUUCUGUUAGUGUUGAAGAAUCUUUUCUAGGAUUUUUGAAUGUGAAUGAUACAACUGGUCAAAGGCUUUUUGAUGUUUUGCAAGAUCAAUUGAAAAAGCUUGAUCUUGAUAUAUUUGAUGUGCGGAGACAAGGUUAUGAUAAUGGGUCAAAUAUGAAAGGAAAACAUCAAGGUGUACAAAAGAAGUUUUUAGACAUAAAUCCAAGAGCCUUUUAUACUCCUUGUGCUUGUCAUAGUCUUAAUUUGACAUUGUGUGAUAUGGCUAAAUCUUGUGCUAAAACUAAAGAUUUUUUUGGAGUUGUUCAAUGCAUUUAUACUAUUUUUGCUAAUUCUACUAAUAGAUGGAAAAUUUUGAAAGAUAAUGUAAAAUGGUUGACUCCAAAAUCAUUGUCAUCUACUCGUUGGGAGAGUCAUGUUGAUAGUGUCAAAGCUAUUAAAACUCAAAUGUCAGAUUUUAGAGAAGCUUUACUUGAAGUGUCAGAAAAGGAUCUUGAUUCUAAAAUAAGAAGUGAAGCUAAAUCCUUAGCAACAAAUGAGCUUGGUGAUUUUGAGUUUUUAAUGUCGAUAAUUAUUUGGUUUAAAAUAUUGUCCGCAAUUAGUGUGGUUAGCAAGCUCUUACAAUCAAUGGAUAUGGUUAUUGAUGUUGCUAUGGAAAAAAUAUCGGGGUCGCUUUCAUUUUUUAAGAAAUAUAGAGAAACCGAAUUUAAAAAUGCCUUGAACUAUGCUACAGAAAUUGCUCUUGAAUUGAAUAUUGAUCCAGUAUUUCCUCAAAGGCGUGUAAUUCGAAGGAAAAGACAAUUUGAUGAGAAUUUAAAUACCCCACCAAUUGAGCUAUCUGAAGAGGAAUCUUUUAGAGUUAAUUACUUUCUUUAUCUUGUUGAUCAAGCUAUUGUAUCUCUUAAUAAGAGAUUUGAGCAACACCAACAAUAUGAAAGCGUUUUUGGUUUCUUAUUUACUUCUCAAAAUUUAUAA